AGGCGUCUCCGGGGGCCUCCAGCCUCCUUAAAACCCUCCCCGGCCACCCAGCCUGGGCCCCGCUGUCUCAGGAGGGUUCCCGACCGGCCACAGACUAAGAUGCCCGUGCCCAAACCAGCUGCCAAGAAACCCGCUGCCAAAGCUAAGGAUGCCUCCAAAGAGCCUGCCCCUGCCAAGGAGGCCCCUGCCAAGGAGGCUCCAGCUGCACCCCCCAGUGCAGAGGCUCCCCCUGAGGACCAGUCGCCCACGGCCGAGGAGCCCGCGGGGAUCUUCCUGAAGAAACCGGAGACUGUGUCUGUGGAGGCAGGGAAGGACGUGGUGAUCACCGCCAAGGUGAAUGGGAAGGAGCUCCCCGGAAAGCCGGUCAUCAAAUGGUUCAAAGGAAAGUGGUUGGAACUGGGCAGCAAGAGCGGGGCCCGAUUCGGCUUCAAGGAGACCCAUGAUGCACAGAGCAAUGUGUACACGGUCGAGCUGCAUAUUGGGAAGGUGGUGGUGGGGGACCGAGGGGACUACCGGUGCGAGGUCAAGGCCAAGGACGCCUGUGACAGCUGCAGCUUCAACAUCGAUGUGGAAGUCCCCAGUCAAGAAGGCGGAGGCGACAACAUCCUGGAAAGCUUCAAGCGCUCAGGAGAGGGCAAGCCUGAAGAUGCCGGGGAGCUGGACUUCAGCGGGCUUUUAAAGAAGAGGGAGGUGGUGGAAGAGAAGAAGAAGAAGAAGAAGGACGACGAUGACCUGGGCCUGCCCCCCGAGAUCUGGGAGCUGCUCAAGGGGGCCAAGAAGAGCGAGUACGAGAGGAUCGCCUUCCAGUACGGCAUCACCGACCUGCGGGGGAUGCUCAAGCGCCUCAAGAAGGCCAAGGUGGAGGUUAAGAAGAGCGCAGCGUUCACAAAGAAGCUGGACCCGGCUUACCAGGUGGACAAGGGGAACAAGAUCAAGCUGGUGGUGGAGAUCAGUGACCCCGAUCUGCCCCUCAAGUGGUACAAGAAUGGCCAGGAGAUCAAGCCCAGCAGCAAGUACGUGUUUGAGAACGUGGGCAAGAAGAGGAUCCUGACCAUCAACAAGUGCACGCUGGCCGACGACGCCGCCUACGAAGUGGCCGUCAAGGAUGAGAAGUGUUUCACGGAGCUUUUCGUCAAAGAGCCCCCCGUCCUCAUUGUCACCCCCCUGGAGGAUCAGCAGGUGUUUGUGGGCGACCGCGUGGAGAUGAUGGUGGAAGUGUCGGAGGAGGGAGCCCAGCUCAUGUGGAUGAAGGACGACGUGGAGAUGACCCGGGAGGACUCCUACAAGGCCCGCUACCGCUUCAAGAAAGACGGCAAGAAGCACCUGCUGAUCUUCACCGAGGUCACCCAAGAGGACAGGGGCCGCUACAAGGUCAUGACCAAUGGUGGCCAGUGUGAGGCGGAGCUUAUCGUGGAGGAGAAGCAGCUGGAGGUCCUCCAGGACAUCGCGGACCUGACGGUGAAGGCUUCGGACCAGGCCGUGUUCAAGUGUGAGGUUUCUGACGAGAAGGUGACGGGCAAGUGGUACAAGAACGGCGUGGAAGUGCGGCCCAGCAAGAGGAUCACCAUCAGCCACAAGGGCCGGAUCCACAAGCUGGUCAUCGAUGACGUCCGGCCCGAGGACGAGGGGGAUUACACGUUUGUGCCCGAUGGCUUUGCCCUGACCUUGUCGGCCAAGCUCAACUUCCUGGAGAUCAAGAUCGAUUACGUGCCCAAACAAGAGCCCCCCAAGAUCCACUUGGACUGCUCGGGAAACAUGUCGGAAAACAUCAUCGUGGUGGUGGCCGGGAACAAGCUGCGGCUGGACGUGGCCAUCUCGGGGGAGCCCCCUCCCACAGUCACCUGGCUGAAGGGGGACCAGGUGUUCUCCGACACCGAGGGCCGCGUGCACCUGGAGCAGAGGCCGGACAACAGCAGCUUUGUGAUCGAGGGGGCCGAGCGGGCCGACGAGGCCCGGUACACCAUCAAGGUCACCAACCCCGCGGGCGAGGACACGGCCUCCCUCUUCGUCAAGGUCGUGGACGUGCCAGACCCUCCCGAGGCCGUGCGGAUCACGUCAGUGGGGGAGGACUGGGCCAUCUUGGUCUGGGAGCCCCCCAAGUAUGAUGGCGGCCAGCCUGUGACCGGCUACCUCAUAGAGAGGAAGAAGAAGGGCUCGCAGCGCUGGAUGAAACUCAAUUUUGAGGUCUUCACGGAGACCACGUACGAGUCGACCAAGAUGAUCGAGGGCGUGCUCUACGAGAUGCGCGUCUUCGCCGUCAACGCCAUCGGCGUCUCCCAGCCCAGCGUGAACAGCAAGCCCUUCAUGCCCAUCGCCCCCACCAGUGAGCCGCUGCACCUGACGGUGGAGGACGUCACCGACACCACGACCACCCUCAAGUGGCGCCCCCCGGACAGGAUCGGGGCCGGCGGCAUCGACGGCUACAUCGUGGAGUACUGCUUGGAGGGCUCCGAAGACUGGGUGGCCGCCAACACAGAACCCGUGGAGCGUUGUGGCUUCACGGUCAAGGACUUGCCCACGGGGGCCAGGAUCCUCUUCCGCGUGGUCGGGGUCAACAUCGCCGGCCGCAGCGAACCGGCCACCCUCGUCCAGCCCGUCACCAUCCGGGAGAUCGUGCAACAGCCCAAGAUCCGGCUUCCGAGGCACCUCCGGCAAACGUACAUUCGCAGGGUGGGCGAGCAGCUCAACCUGGUCAUUCCUUUCCAGGGGAAGCCACGGCCCCAGGUCACCUGGACAAAGGGUGGGGCGCCCCUGGACACAUCCCGUGUCAACAUCCGGACGAGCGACUUCGACACCGUGUUCUUCGUGCGCCAGGCAGCUCGUACAGACUCGGGGGAGUAUGAACUUAGUGUGCAGAUAGAGAACAUGAAAGACACGGCCAUUAUCCGGAUCCGAGUUGUGGAGAAGGCCGGGCCGGCAGAGAACGUGAUGGUGAAAGAGGUGUGGGGCACUAACGCCCUGGUGGAGUGGCAGCCGCCCAAGGACAACGGCAACAGUGAGGUCACCGGCUACUUCAUCCAGAAGGCCGACAAGAAGACCAUGGAGUGGUUCACGGUUUACGAGCACAGCCGGCCCACCAGGUGCACAGUCUCGGACCUCAUCAUCGGGAACGAAUACUACUUCCGCGUGUUCAGUGAGAACAUCUGCGGGCUCAGUGACUCCCCGGGGAUGUCCAAGAACACGGCCAAGAUCCUCAAAACAGGGAUCACCUUGAAACCUCUGGAGUUUCAGGAGCACGACUUCCGUUCGGCCCCCAAGUUCUUGACCCCGCUGCUGGACCGGGUGGUGGUGGCGGGGUACACGGCUGCCCUCUACUGUGCUGUGCGGGGGUUCCCAAAGCCGAAGGUGGUCUGGAUGAAGAACAAAAUGGAGAUUCAUGAAGACCCCAAGUUCAUCAUGACCAACCAGCAGGGCAUCCUGACCCUCAGCAUCCGGCGGCCAAGCCCCUUCGACGGGGGCACCUACUCCUGCCGGGCGGUCAACGAGCUGGGCGAGGCUCUGGCCGAGUGCAAGCUGGAGGUCCGAGUGCCGCAGUAAUCCUUCCUAAGGGCGGCCAAUGCCUCUCUUACCCCGCCCGGCUUUGUUGAAAACCUGAAGAACCUGACUCUGGACCUUCCUUUCUGGGGACACCCGUCCCUUCUCUAAUUUAUUAUCAAACAUGAGACUUGAACGAUG